AUGGGAAACGAUGGAGGAUCCAUAAUUAAAGGCGUUAGAAUCAGAGUAGUCGAUGACGCCUCCAAAAAUGCGGCCAAAGCUAAGAAAUUAGAGUACUAUUGGAAUGACUUGUGGUCCAAUUGUCGUCUCUUGGGGACACCACUAAUGCCACCUUUGUUUAGUGACUGUAAGGGCAACCUUUUCAAUAAGGAGUCAAUAUUGGAAUGGCUCUUGGUGAAGCCCGAGUAUAAGUCUGAAGAAUACACCCAAGUGGUCAUAGAUGCCUUUUCACAUAUUAAGCUGCGAAAGGAUUUAGUGGAGUUAACGAAUUUGCAAGAACUUGGCAAUGGCACUCUUGGUGUCAGUUUAUCCGGUACUGGUACAACAACAACUGAUCUUGUAUUGGGGAACCGUAGGAAAUUUGGCUACAUUGAUACAUGCGGACAUGUGAACACCUUAAGCGCAUUAGAUAACGGAACCGGUUGUUAUGUUUGUGGUACCAGCUACACGCGAUUGAACAUUGUUGUAUUAAAUCCUACAGAACAAGAUGAUGUACAGAGGCUAGUGGAAAGACAAAGCUGGCUCCAAAAUCAGAACCUUUUACAUAGUAGAAAGCCAAGAAAACGUAAAUCAGACGGUAAACCCCUUCUUAGUUCUCGCAAGAAACAAAAACUGACAACCACGACGACAAAAGAUAUCAAAUGA